AUGCCAGUCCCCGGUUUCCUUGCCUCCUUUGCAGACAAGGCUCAGAAUGCCAUAAAUGCCACCCCCCUCGCCGCCCACAUCCCAGCCAGUCUCCAGCAUCGCGCAUCUAGUCCAGAUCCUGCCACCCAGCCCAGUGCAAACGAUGCCGCAGCUCAGGGUGGAGCCAAAUCGCACACUCUCGAGAGCCUCCAGUAUCAGCUCAGAUCUUUUCAGCAACAGUAUUCCACCACAACCCCUGUCCAGAAGAUCAUCACAGUUGAAAAGGGUCUGGCUAUCGAUUUCGACAGUGUAUCGCGCAAUUCCAAGGCGCAAAGCAAAGAACUCUAUACUUGGGGUCAAUCGGAGGCCGAAGAUCUCAAAGAUGUAACUGACAGGCUUGCUUAUCUCAACUUUGUCCAAGGUUCUCUCGCUAGCUCUCUGUCAGCUAAGCUUGAUGCCGCUCGCGCCCCUUUGAAGGCUCUUCGAGACGCGGAAGCGAGUCUGCAACCCCGUAGAAACAUACGCGCAGGCUUCCAGACUCAGAUCGCUCGUUUAGAACACGAACAACAGAAAGGGGGCGACAAGCGAAUCGCGGAGGUUCGCGACCAGCUACGCAAAGCCGAGUUGGACGAUCAGCCACUAGAAAAAGAGGUCGAACUCUUAAAACGGAAGGCUGUCAGGGAAAGCGAACAAAUCAAGUGGGAUGCGAUCAGAGAGUAUGGAGAGAAACUUGUGCUCCUCUCUCAAGCAGCCUCCCCCAUUAUCGCCGUGUUACCAACGAUUCCUCCCAGCCCCACUUUACCUUACAGUGGUGCCCAAACUACAGGUGCUAUUCGCGCGUCUCUCCAACGUGCUUUGGACAACUACAAGACUGGACAUAUUAAUCUUCCCGCUCAAACUACCGCAUCGGAUCUAAGCAGAUCAGAUACUCGCAGCUUUGGCGAAAGCCAUGCAAAGGAACUAUCCAGGAUUCAUUCUGAUGUCCCUUCAGUGUCUCAUUCACCGAACAAAUCUACUGGUUCUGCGUCACAGUCAAGUUCACCCCCUCCAAUCAAUCCACAUGCUCUUAACCAGGCUCCUGCUCCCAUCACAUCGGUUUCGCCUCCGUUAGCAGCACCAACCUCGUCUGACGGUCCCGUCGCGCCUCUUCCAACAGUAGCCGAAACCGGAAUGCCGCUAUCAGCUGGCCCCGAAGGUCCUGGACCUGCGAGUGGGUCUCUUCAUGAUAUCAAGCAUGCAUCCUCAGAUGCUGGCCCUCGGUCCGGUGGAUUACCAGGGAACGAAAGCAUCGUACCCCCUUACGGCCAGCAUCCCGUCGCUUCACCGAUUCCUAGGCAUGAAUCUGCGGAAGAAGAGAAGAGACGUCUUGCUGCUGCGUACUCCCAAGCACCAGGUGGCACGAAUUCCAAUCCAACGAACAUGCCUAUACCUUCAGUUGCGCCUGCGCAGGCACCUCACCAGGAAACCGCGGAAGAGGAAAAAAAGAGACUUGAACGCGAAGAACGGGAGCGUCUUCUUCAUGCUGGAGGCUCUGGUCCAGCCGUCCCCCCUAAGGACAAAGGGGACGACAGCGACCUUCCUCCUUACCAAGAGCCGGGCGUUUGA